ACUGCGUUUAGACACAAAUAAUAGCUUUGUCUGCUCCCCGCUCGAACUACAGUGCCAUCAAACUACCUCUACUACAAAAUGUGUAGCGGGGUCUGCGUUGGUACUGUUAUGCUCUCCCCUACUUCUCUGAACUUUCUUAUGCGGCCAGACUGAUGGCCAUUGCAAGCAGCUACAAGAGCCAUUUGCUACUCCAACCCUUAAAGGCUGGUGACAGCCUCUGACCCCCCCCUAGACUCUAGUUUUCGCCAUGUUCCGCCGUCCAGCGUCGCGAUUGAGGCAGCUGGCCUCGCCUCUGCUGGGGCGGGGUGCUCUCCGGGCGCAGACGAGCACAGCCGAGCAGACAGCCAACCUGAAAAUUGGACAGAAGCCUUUUUGGACCUCAGGCCGAGUCCUUCUCUUCACAGCUUUGACGGGUUCUGCAGCCUACCUCUACGGUGUCAACGAUGAUACCCCGCGAUUCCGAUUCCCCUGGAUCAGGUCGUUAAUUCCCCGAUAUGCUUCGAAGACGGAGAUGGAAAAGGCAAUUGACGAGUUGAGGUACUUGCUGGGAAGCGAUGCUAUCAGCACCGACGACGAAGACCUCCACUUACACGGAUAUUCGGAGUGGUCAUCUAUCAACAUUGAUCAGCUACCAGUUGCUGUGGCUUAUCCCAAAUCUACGGAAGAAGUCUCCCAGAUUGCCAAAAUAUGCCACAAGUAUAAGAUCCCGAUGAUCCCCUAUUCUGGCGGAUCCAGUCUUGAGGCUAAUUUCUCUGCUCCGUAUGGGGGUAUGAGCAUUGACUUCUCCUUCAUGGAUCAGAUCAUAUCCUUGCACGCAGACGAUAUGGAUGUCGUCGUCCAGCCCUCGGUGCCCUGGAUGAGCCUCAACGAGGAAAUUAAAAAUUCUGGCCUUUUCUUCCCUGUUGAUCCGGGACCAUCAGCUAGAAUCGGCGGAAUGGUUGGAACUAGCUGCAGUGGUACUAAUGCCGUGAGAUAUGGUACGAUGAAAGAUUGGGUUAUCAAUCUCACAGUGGUACUUGCAGAUGGCACCAUAAUCAAAACUCGUCGACGUCCUCGCAAGUCCUCCGCUGGAUACAAUCUGACCAAUCUUUUUAUUGGCUCGGAAGGCACCUUGGGUUUGGUGACCGAAAUCACUCUAAAGCUUACAGUCAUACCGCAAGACACUAGCGUCGCCGUCGUGACAUUUCCCACUAUUCGCGAUGCUGCAGCGGCGGCAGCAAAGGUGAUGCGCGCAGGGAUACCUGUAGCUGCGAUGGAGAUCAUGGAUGAAGUUCAGAUGGCUGUGAUUAACAAGGCUGGAUCCACCGCAAAAAAAUGGAAGGAAGUUCCAACCAUGUUCUUCAAGUUUUCUGGGACAAAAGCAGGGGUUCAAGAAAACGUCCAGCUAGUUAAGUCCAUCGCGAGAGCGCACAAAAGCGGGGACUUCGAGUUUGCCAUUGAUGCAGAAGAACAAAAGACCUUGUGGUCGGCAAGAAAAGAGUCCCUGUGGAGUAUGCUUGCCUUGCGCAAAGAAGGUCAUGAAGUGUGGUCGACAGAUGUCGCGGUACCGCUUUCUCGGCUUCCAGACAUUAUAGAGGUAUCCAAGAAAGAAAUGGAUGAUCUAGGUCUCUUUGCAAGUAUUCUUGGCCACAUCGGAGACGGAAAUUUCCACGAAAGCAUCAUGUACGACAGUAAGAACCCCAAAGAACGUGCUGCGGUCGAGAAGUGCAUCAAAGAUAUGGUGAAUCGUGCAUUGGAAAUGGAGGGCACGUGCACUGGAGAGCAUGGUGUUGGACUCGGGAAAAAGGACUCACUCAUGAGAGAGCUUGGUCUCGACACUAUCAAUGUCAUGAAGAGCAUCAAGAGCGCUCUUGAUCCACACUGGCUGAUGAAUCCAGGAAAAAUCAUGGACAUACCAGCAUAAUUUGCUGGGUCGAGUGCGGAAGUUUCCCUUGGUUGGAUAUUCUCUUCCAGAGUAUCAAAAUCCAUUGCAUCGGGUGGCCUUGGUCGAUUUGAACUGCAUAACGCCGCGGGGAUUUAGAUAGACUACGCAUCCUUUCCAAUACCUUUUUUUUUUUUUGGCGGCUUUCAAGCCCCU